AUGGCUACAGUAUCGGACUCGGAUCAAUCGUUGGAUUUAACCCUCACCCCAUGCGCCCUCUGCAAUCAAGUUUCAGAAGAAAAUGAAGGUAUGGUUCACUGUGAUUUUUGUAAAGGCUGGUUCCACUACCGUUGCGUCGGAGUGUCUGACGAUGUCAAGAAGGAAAAGAUGUGGUUCUGUAGCGCGGUAGCGUGUCAACAAGCAUAUUCGGAGUACCUGAAAAAACAAGAAGUUGCAGCGAAAAGGAAGAAAGCGAAAAAGGAUGAUGUAUCAGCUAAAUCGGACAGCAUCGCUCACACACUUGAAAAUCGGAUGAAGGAACUUGAACGACAAGAAAAGGCUAAGGAUGAUGAGCUGGAAAUAGAAACAGCUUUGCGGGUGCGAAAAUUAGCUCUGCAAAAGGCUCGUCGUAUGAAGCAGCUUGCAAUCGAAAAUGAUUUAAGGAAAAUGGAAUUGGAGCAGGAAGAAGAACUAAACGCCAAGGCCCUGAAAGAAAAAGAAGAUCAUUUAGCUAAAUUGGAAGAAAUGCGCGCAUCAUUUUCGUCGAAACUCACUGUAGUUCAAGGUAAAAUUGAUAAAAUGAAUGAUAGUUUGCACGAAACUAAGGAUGGAAUGAAACCAAAAGCGCAGAAACUAAAGCUUGAGAAAAAACCCAAGGCGCGUGCAAAAUUUGAUCAACAAAAUAGCGAUACUGAAUGGACCUCAUCCGGUGAUUCUAAAUGUACGGAUUCUUUAAGUGAGAGCAGCGAUACUGACAUUUCUACCGAAAUCGAAAAGGAGCCGAAAAACAUUAGGAAUGACAAAUCCAACGGGCUGGGGCCCCAACCCUCUCAGGCACAAUUGAUGGCCAGGAGUGGAAUAAGUCGGAAGUUACCUGUAUUCACAGGAAAAGCGGAAGAUUGGCCGCUGUUUAUAAGCAGUUUUAAUUCAUCUACCAUAGCUUGCGGCUACACUGAGGUUGAAAAUUUGGUGCGUUUGCAAGAAAGCAUACAAGGAGACGCGCUCGAAAAUGUUCGUGGUCAACUUUUAUUCCCCAAGUCAGUCCCAAAGGCGAUUAGAAAGCUGCGUCAACUGUACGGGCGUCCAGAACAGCUUCUUCGGUACUAUUUAGAUAAAGUUCGGCAAUUGGAAUCUCCUAAGGCUGACAAAUUACACACCUAUAUUCCCUUUGGUAAUACCGUUGAGCAAUUAUGUGAGCACUUGGAAGCCGCAGAAUUGAAAGAGCAUUUGUUGAAUCCGAUUCUUAUUCAAGACCUUGUCGACAAGCUUCCUGCCUGUGACAAACGAGAGUGGGUGCGUUAUAAAAAACGUAAACAAAGCGCAGACCUACGCGUUUUCAGUAAAUUCCUGUCCCGAAUUGUAGGCGAAGCAUGCGAAGCCAGUGUUUCAUUUAAUUCCAAAUCCGAUUCUAAGGUUUUCGGUAACGCGAGGAAUAAGGAGAAAGUAUUUAGUCAUGAUGUAGCUCAAGAAGAGGAACCUUGUGAAUUGCCAACUCGUGAUCUACCAGCGCGCGAUCAGUCCACUUCCAACCUGAAGCCGUGUAAAGUAUGCAAAAGCUCAAAUCACCGUCUUCGUGAUUGUCAAGAGUUUAAAGAAAUGAGUGUUUUACAACGAUUGGAAUUGGUUGAAAAGUGGAAACUAUGUCAUAUAUGCCUGAACGAUCACGGAAAAUCAUGGUGCAGAUUCAAGAUCAGAUGUGACAUUGGAGACUGUCAAGAACGACACAAUCCGCUGUUACAUAAAUCAAUUCGUAGAGUCGUCAUGAAUACACACUUCCGUUCAAACUCUUCAAUUCUAUUCCGCAUCAUUCCGGUCAUUUUACACUAUGGUCGAACAACCAUAAAAACAACAGCCUUUCUAGACGAUGGAUCGUCUGCAACACUGGUCGAGCAGUCAUUAGCUGACGAGCUAGGAGUUGUCGGUCAAAAGGAACCUCUAACCAUUACUUGGACAGCUGAUGUGUCACGCGUUGAAGAAAAUUCGAUGCGAAUGAAUCUCAAAAUAUCGUCUUGUGAUGAUAAUGAGCUUUGGUGUUUAAAUGGUACCCGCACGGUGAAUGAGUUGAAACUUCCAAAACAAUCCAUGUGCUUUGAGGAUCUAAUUGAAAAACAUGCCCAUCUCCGUGGUUUACCCAUUCAAUCCUACAGCGGAACCCGUCCAGGUUUGCUCAUAGGUCUCAAUAAUUUGCAUCUAAUGGCUCCACUGGAAACGAAAAUGGGUGACAUAGGAGAUCCUAUCGCAGUUCGAUCUAAACUUGGUUGGGCAAUUUAUGGUCCGGUUGGUAGGCAACAUUCUCAUAAUGAUUCCGAAUUUUUUGGCGUUCAUGUGGAAGUGAGCAACGAAGAGCUGCAUGACCUCAUAAAGUUACAAUACACCCUAGAGGAAGCUACUGUGUCGGUUGUGCGAGAAUCUCCAGAGGAUGUACGAGCUAGACAAAUUCUCGAGAAAACCACUAUUCGAGUUGGCGACAGGUUUGAAACGGGCCUUUUGUGGAAUACUGACGACCCGAAAUUCCCCGACAACUAUCAUAUGGCGGCACGACGAGCUAAACAGUUGGAACAUAGGCUGCUAAAAACUCCUGAACUGUUCGAAAAUGUAUGUCAGCAGAUAAAAGAUUAUCAGGAAAAGGACUACGCUUAUGAAGCUUCAUCAGAGGAAUUAGUUUCAUCAUCACCGAACAAAUCCUGGUAUCUUCCGCUAAACGUGGUCCUGAACCCUAAGAAACCAGGGAAAGUGCGUCUUGUGUGGGACGCAGCUGCCACCGUAUCCGGAGUAUCUUUAAACUCACAAUUACUCAAAGGCCCAGACAUGUUGGUGUCAUUACCAGCAGUCAUAAACAGAUUUAGAGAACGUCGAAUCGCGUUUGGUGCGGACAUACGCGAGAUGUACCACCAACUACAAAUUCGGAAGGAAGACCGACAGGCCCAGCGUUUCCUGUUUCGAAACGAUCAGAACGAAAGAUUCAAAACUUUUGUCAUGGACGUCGCGACUUUUGGCUCUACUUGCUCGCCCUGUUCAGCCCAGUUUGUGAAAAAUCGCAAUGCUGAAGAGUUUGUCAAACAGUACCCCGAAGCGGUGGCAGCCAUAAUUGGUAAUCACUACGUGGAUGACUACUAUGACAGUACUGAUACGGAAGAUCAGGCAGUAGAUCGAGCAUUGCAAGUAAAGUACAUCCAUUCAAAGGGAGGAUUCGAACUGCGAAACUGGGUGUCAAACGCCUACGAAGUUCUUAAACGCGUGGGAGAACCAAAAGCCGAGCAGAUCGUCCAUUUCAACCAAGAUAAAGUUUCUGAUACUGAACGUGUGUUAGGAAUUAUAUGGGAUCCAGAAGAGGAUGUUUUCUCCUUUUCCACUGAUCAUCGUGAAGACAUCAAAGAGUAUCUGGAGAACUUUAAAAAACCAACAAAACGAGUAGUAUUGAGUUGUGUGAUGGGGUUCUUUGAUCCGUUAGGACUUCUGGCGCCAUUUACCGUACAUGGCAAAACGCUGAUCCAGGACCUUUGGCGCAGUGGAUGCGACUGGGAUGAGGAAUUGAACAGUGAAUGUUUGGGUACUUGGAAGCGAUGGAUUGAUCUUCUUCCCCUGGUAAGAACUAUACGCAUUCCCAGAUGUUACCUUGGCGAAAUUCAAGAAUCGACCAAUAUUUCUGCUUGGCACUGGGUACCCAGUAAACAAAACAUAGCGGAUGCCCUGACAAAGUGGGGCCAAGGACCUCCACUUGAUUCGAACAGCGCCUGGUUUAACGGUCCGGAAUUUCUCUACGAACCCGCUGAUCAGUGGCCGAAACAAGAAUGUUCGACGGAUAUUGUGGAAGAUGAAUUGAAAUCCGUUUAUAUGUUAGUACACGAAGCAUGUUCAUCGAAGAAGGUGGUGAUUGUUGAUGACAUAUCAAGGUGGAAACACAUACUUCGCAUUACAGCUACAGUUUAUCGAUUUAUAUCUAACAUCAGAAGAAAGAGAGAAGGUCGACCUAUAUUGGUUACUAAAGCAACCGAAAAUCAAGCAAAAUUGAUUAAAGCCAAACUAGAAUCAAAACAGUGUCCGUUGCAAAGAGAAGAAUUGAUCAAGGCAGAAACAAUCCCUUGGCAACAAGCUCAAUACGAGGCAUUUCCAGAUGAAGUUCGAAUACUAAAAAAUAAUUCUAAACGAAAGGAAAACGAGUCCCUACAGCAACUGGAAAAGUUCAGCGUGUUGUAUAGAUUGACUCCAAUGAUCGAUGACAACGGUGUCGUGCGAAUGGGAGGUAGAAUGGAACAAGCCGAGCACAUUCCCUUUGACACCAAGUUUCCUAUUAUAUUACCUAAAGACAACGUUAUAACCACUAGAUUGUUACAGUUUGUCCACGAGCAGUGUGGACACGGGAAUAAAGAAACUGUUUACAACGAAGUCUGCCAAAAAUUUUGGAUUCCCAAGUUGCGAGUGGCCAUUCAACAUAUCAUGCGCGAAUGUAUGUGGUGCAAAGUCUACAGAUGCAAACCUGAAAUACCUCGAAUGGCCCCACUUCCGGUCCAACGACUCUCAGCAAAGCUUGGUCCCUUUAGUUCAGUGGGGAUCGAUCAUCUUGGUCCUUUGGAAGUUACUGUUGGCCGACGCAAAGAAAAAAGAUGGGUUGCAGUAUUCACCUGUUUGGCGGUGCGAGCAGUACAUAUGGAGAUCAUCUACAGUUUAUCGACCCAAUCAUGUUUAAUGGCUAUUCGACGAUUCAUCAGCAAGCGUGGAACACCCGAAGAGAUAUUUUCGGAUAAUGGUACCAACUUUUUGGGAAGCUGGAAUCAGAUGCUGAAGGUGAUCGAUUACGAAUGUGCUGAGAAAGUGACCAGUCCUAAAACAAAAUGGCAUUUCAUACCACCGGGCACCCCUCAUAUGGGGGGAUCGUGGGAGAGGAUGGUCCGGUCGGUGAAGGAAGCUCUGAAGGCGUUUAGUGAUGGACGAAAGUUGACGGACGAAAUCUUAAUUACAGCGCUAUCGGAGGCAGAAGAUCUGAUCAACUUUCGACCCCUCACAUACAAAUCUCAGGAAACAACGGGCUCGGAAGCGCUCACUCCCAAUCAUUUUCUUCGUGUUGUGAAACCUAUCGAUAUGGAAGGAGACGAAGUUGAGGUGGCAGAUGCUUUACGAGACAUCUACAAGAGAUGGUAG